UAACCUUCCACUUUUCCUGCAGAGUGGCUUGGAUCUUGAACAAAUUGUUCUCUUGUUUCGACUUGCCCUUAGUCUGUGAUCAUUAUCUUUAGUUGGGCAACAGGAAGUAUUACAACAGCUAUUACAACCAUGUUUACUUCACUCACUCGUCAAGUUGCUUCCCGGGCCGUCAGUCGUCGCUUCCUGGCCACUUCGGCAUUUCCCGCUCCCCGUCUUUUCGACUAUGAAACUGUCACAUCCAACUUGACCGUCACGGAUGCGUUGGAAUCCGUGGAGGCGGCCUUUGCGGCGUUGGCCCAGGGCAAAGUGGAGGUCCCCAUGCCCAUGCAUAUUGGAAUUGAAGAAACGUCGGAAGCUGGACCCGGCGAUUGUCACAUCAAGGGAGGGUAUCAGGCCGGUACCAAGACGUUUACGGUCAAAUUGGCCUGCGUAUCCUUUUACAAAAAUGUCGAAAAAGGACUGCCACCUGGAUCCGGUGUCUUUGUGGUGGUCGAUGCCGUGACGGGAGCUCCCUUGGCCGUGAUGCAGGAAAAUCGAUUCAUGACGGAUUUACGUACCGGAGCGGCCGGAGGGAUUUCGCUCAAGUACACCACCGACGCCUCGCAACCUUUGCCCGUUGGAUUUAUUGGUUGUGGAGCCAUUGCGCGCAACAUGGCCCGAGCAGCCGCUGCCGUUCGACCCGAUAUGACGGGAUUUGCCUAUGCCGUGGCCGGUGCCGAAGAAUUUGCCACGGAAAUGAGUGCCGAAUUGGGCGUCCCCUUUGAAGUCGUGGCCAGUGCCGACGAAUUGUGCGCCAAAUCCAAAUGCAUUUAUACACAAACUCCCGGAUCCAGCACCGUUUUGGAAUUGGGUAUGCUACAACCUGGAACUACCAUUAUUGCCUCGGGCAGUGAUCAACCCUCCAAACAGGAAAUUCCCAAUGACGUAUUGGCUGCCAGCAAGUACAUUAGUGAUUUGACCAAACAAACAUCCAAAGUCGGAGAAUUGCGAGGAGCUUUGGAAGCGGGUGCCAUGACGGAAGCCGACGUUUAUGCCGAACUGGGGCAAGUUGUCAAUGGGGACAAACCAGGAAGAGAAGGAGAUGAACUGAUUGUGGUGGAUUUGACUGGCACUGGUGCACAAGAUGCUGCCAUUGGACAGGUCGCGUGGGACAAACUGAGCAAACUUUAACCAAACAACAACACAGUAGCAAACCUGGUUCUACGCGUCAAAGCAAUACCAGUACCUAAUAAGCAAGAGACUCUGUGGAUGGCCAUUUAAAAAAGAAAAUAAGACUUGCACAUCCAUGUUUGGACCC